AUGGACCCGUCCACCCCACGAAGACCCAUCACUUCUUGCCUGGAAUGCUACCGGCGGAAGCAGAAAUGCAAUCGCAGUCGGCCGUGCAACCAUUGUCGUGCCCGGAAGGUGCCCGAGAAGUGUUGUUAUCUCAGCAGUGAUACUCCCUGGCCAAACACGCCUCCAGCACAUGCAGACUUGGUGGCGCCGGUCCCAGUCCACGAGUUAGAGGAUGGUUCGAACGUCGAUGAAGAUACCCCAUUGCCGCCCAGUCUUGUCGAUCGAGCUGGCUAUUCCUCAACACCAGGAAGUAGCACGUUUGUCCGCCUGGAGAGCGAGAAUCUGGACUCAGAUCUCCGUCCUCCAUCUCUGUCGAUAGAGUCGUCGUCAAUACCACACCAAGGGCGCCGACGUGCAUAUUUGCGCUUAGUGGCCCGGCUUCCACCACCAGACAUCGUUCAUGCGCUUCUGGAGUUCUUGUUCCUCGAUGUCUACUGGACCAUCAUGGUUAUCGACGAGCACCAAGUGAAGAACUCGUACCUUCAGUGGCUGGCCGUGCCGGUUGAAGAGCACCUCAGAGCACGUCCGGGCGAAAGGCAAAGAGAAAUGCUCUAUUUCCCUGCGUUACUCUUCCAGGUUCUGGCACAGAUCCUACACCAUAUUUCUCCAUCACACCCUGCCGUCAAAACCAUGGGGCUAAACGACAAUGCCGAGUGCCUUCACUUGUCGCGAACUUUCUACCUGAUCGGCUGUAAGUUGAUCUCCAUCCUUGGUCGGCAUCAUCCCACCUUGUGCUCAGUCGAGCAUGAUCUCAUCUCUUGUUCCUGGUUGAAGGAUUCGAGUCGAGGGGCAGAAGCAUGGCGUCGACUGGGAAGUGCGGUCAGCCAGGCUCAAGAACUCGGGCUGCAUCGCCUUCCUCAAAAUAUCACGCAGACGCCCGACGACAGCCUGGAGUCGAAGCUUUUGAAAACAUGGGAUCUCGAGCACCGAAAACACAUUUGGGCUCGCCUCUUCAUUCUCAGUAGUACUUUGGCAUUGGCGCUGGGCAGGCCUCGACUCCUCCACCGAGAGGACUUUUCGACCCCUGCACCCUUGAACUGUGAGUAUCCCGAAAACCCAUCCCGGACGCUUCCACUGGCCAACGACACCUCGCGCAUCACCACCAUGAUGAUCUUCCUCGCAUUGGCGCACAAGAUCCACGAUAUCUUGUCCUUUUCAGCCAACGGAGUCUUUCUCAAGGAUUACUCCAAGGUGCUCGCGGUUCACAAUGACAUAUAUGCUCUUCGAGAAGAGUUUCCUCUAUUACUACAACAUCAACCUCUUCAGUCAAAUCCAGCGUCCACUGCUGCACAAACCCGAAAGCUCGAAGUCUUACGCUCGGGGAUCUUAAACGCGACCAAUGCCGUUCUCAUGGCCCUCCACCGACCGUACAUCGCAAGUCAAGCGACAAGUCGCAGAGCCGCCAUCACUGCCGCCCUCGAAGGGUUGAAUCUGCAACAAGCCGAUUUCGACCCCACUUCUCACACGUACUCUAAGCAAUACGGCACAAUCUUCUACACUAUCGAGGCUUCUAUAUUCCUAUGUGGCAUCAUGAUUGGACUACCUUCACCGGACCCCGGCGAAGACUCCCACAUUGAGCAGGCCAUCCUGCAAGGGAUAGGUAGACUCGCCGCCAUCAAAGAUAAUAGCCCCUUGGCCGAGUCCGGGGAGCAGAUGUUACGGCAAUUCUACCACAAGAUUCAAAACGCCCGACAGCAGCCACCCACUGAUUUUGUUAUGGAGAACGAUGGCCCUCUCAGCCACCUUCCUAUACCAUCGCCACAACGGCCUGCCUACGAAACCUACCAUUCGUUCUUCGGCGGUGGAGAGGGCACUUUUGCGUCGUUUGAUCUCCCUCAGGAUCCGAAUUUGGCUCUUGAAGACCCCUCCUUGGGUGACUGGGGCGAUCUGUUAGAACAGGAUGACUUUGUCUGGCCACCCUACAGAGACAUUGGGUGA